AGACCCUUCCGGGGAACAUGAACAAGGGUUCCCCACCGUGGUCCUCUGCAGGGACAAGGGUUCGACAGAGCCGACAAGUUGCCGUCUGAUUCCCCGCGGUUUGCACAUGCCGCGGCCGAAGCUUCGGUUCGAGUUCCGAGUCGGACAAACUUGAACUGCAUACCUCGACUCGUACACCUACCCCUAUCUUCGUAUUCCUUGCCGGCCAGAACCACCGAUAGCACGCAGCUGUACGCCGAUGAGGUAGAACUCGGUGUGUCUUUUCGAAGUGCUCAGUGCACCGACCCGACCCCGUCAAUCAGCCUGUCCCGCCGAGUUGCCGAGGCACGAUGUCCGGCGCAGUCGAGAGCCUCGAGAGCCUCAAGGCCGCCGUCGAGCGCGUCGUCUUGGACCCGAGAUACCAUGAUCUAUUGGCCGUGGUAAAGGGCGCUCGCAAUGGCGCCGUCUACGGGACCAAAGUGCGCUUUCCGCAUGCGCUUGUAAUGAUCAUGCUCUUCCGGUCCGGAACGCUCCGACAAAAAGCAGGGCUCAUUUUCCGCGCGACGAGGACACAUGCCAGAAACCUUGCCAAGUUCGCCGCCAUCUAUAAGGCGACGUGCAUGCUAUUAAAGAACUACGGCGCAACACCAGGGAAGGAAGGGCCCUACGAUAGCUUCAUCGCCGGCCUGCUAGGCGGCUACAUCGUCUUUGGGCAGCGCUCCAAGCGGUCGAGCCGGAUCUCGAGCGUCAACCAGCAGAUCGUCAUCUACGUGUUUGCGCGCGUCGUGCUGGCGCUGGCCCGCCUCGCCGUCAAGCCGGGCUACGGCCUGCCGCUGGUGUCGGACCCGCAGCGAAGCGCCGCCAUCAGCCACUAUGCCUGGCCGCUGUUCGCCAGCUUGUCGUGGGCCUCGGUCAUGCACCUCUUCAAGUGGCACGCCGCGGAGCUGCAGCCGAGCUUGAGGAGUAGUAUGACGUAUAUCUAUACCAAUGCGGACACGUGGGAUGGGUUGGGCAAUUUUCUGUGGCAUAACAAGUAAUGAGUGACGGACUCUAGACUGUCUAUGUACCGCGCAGCCGCGGUUGACGAUUAUGGAGCUUUUGUCAAGGAGGUCGCUGUGGGAGGGAAAGAGGUUGAGCAUUUCGCAAGCGGUUGGCAUGUGUACAUGUAAACGGCGUUCACUGGGGUUUGCUUGGGGUUCUAGAUCUGUUUCAGGGGCCUUCAACUCUUCGACUUCUCUACUCGGAGACGCGGAGGGAUAUCUUACACUUGCACCUGUCCCUAUGUAGGUAUGGCCAAGCUCUUCCGGCAAUAGAAGGGGGGAGGUUGACCACCGAAGGGAAUGUGGAGAGGUCGAUGUAACAACGCCGUCCAAUGGUGGAGCGCUUGGUUUGUUUAAGAGGAUCGUUCAAUAGAACUGUCGGGUUUGAGACUCUGACAACUUGGGGAACAUCCCAACACCCUGA